CCAAGGCGCGUGCCCCGGUUUCAAAAGCUCGGGGGCGGGCUCUGGGUUUCGCGCACGCGCAGUCUCCCUCUCCCCCACGCUGGUUCCGCGUCUCCUCAGAACCGUGCCUCCGCCUGGCCUGAGGUGUCUCGUGUCUGGGGGCGGUGUGGGCUGUCGCCGCCGCCGCGAUGGGCAAAACUGCCGACUGUCGGGGCCCGGAAGGCCGGCCCGACCCGGUGCGGAGCUUCAACCGUUGGAAGAAGAAACACAGCCACAAGCAGAGCCAAAAGAAGCAGUUGAGGAAGCAGCUGAAGAAGCCCGAGUGGCAGGUGGAGCGCGAGAGUAUCAGCCGCCUCAUGCAGAACUACGAGAAGAUAAAUGUAAAUGAAAUUACAAGAUUUUCAGAUUUCCCUUUGUCCAAAAAAACAUUAAAAGGUUUGCAAGAAGCCCAGUACCGUUUGGUAACUGAGAUACAGAAGCAGACUAUUGGAUUGGCUUUGCAAGGGAAAGAUGUUCUUGGAGCUGCCAAGACAGGAUCUGGCAAGACUUUGGCUUUCCUUGUUCCAGUGUUGGAAGCCUUAUAUCGUUUGCAGUGGACCUCAACAGACGGGCUGGGGGUUCUGAUUAUAUCACCCACAAGAGAACUGGCCUAUCAGACUUUUGAGGUUCUCCGAAAAGUAGGAAAGAAUCAUGACUUUUCGGCUGGUCUCAUCAUUGGUGGAAAGGAUCUGAAACAUGAAGCUGAGAGGAUCAAUAACAUAAAUAUACUUGUUUGUACUCCGGGUCGGCUUCUUCAACACAUGGAUGAAACAAUAUGUUUUCAUGCUACCAAUCUCCAAAUGUUAGUUCUUGAUGAAGCAGAUAGAAUCUUGGAUAUGGGCUUUGCUGAUACCAUGAAUGCUAUUAUUGAAAAUCUUCCCAAGAAACGUCAGACUUUGCUUUUCUCAGCUACCCAAACCAAAUCUGUAAAGGACCUUGCACGCUUGAGUUUGAAAAACCCUGAGUAUGUCUGGGUUCAUGAAAAAGCAAAAUACAGCACCCCUGCCACUUUGGAACAGAACUACAUAGUUUGCGAGCUGCAGCAAAAAAUAAGUGUGUUGUAUUCCUUUUUGAGAAGCCACCUGAAGAAGAAAAGUAUUGUAUUUUUCUCCAGUUGUAAAGAGGUCCAGUACCUGUAUCGGGUGUUCUGUCGGCUACGUCCUGGGAUCUCUAUCCUUGCGCUGCACGGCCGGCAGCAGCAGAUGAGAAGGAUGGAGGUCUACAAUGAAUUCGUCCGCAAGAAGGCUGCAGUCCUCUUUGCUACUGACAUUGCAGCCAGGGGGCUGGAUUUCCCAGCUGUGAAUUGGGUUCUUCAGUUUGAUUGUCCAGAGGAUGCCAACACAUACAUUCACCGAGCAGGUAGAACUGCCAGGUACAAAGAGGAUGGUGAAGCUUUAUUAAUUUUACUUCCCUCUGAAGAAAAAGGAAUGGUGCAGCAGCUUCUCCAGAAGAAAGUGCCUGUGAAGGAAAUCAGAAUUAAUCCAGAAAAACUUAUAGACGUCCAGAAAAAAUUGGAAUCAUUUUUAGCACAAGAUCAAGAUUUAAAAGAAAGAGCUCAAAGGUGUUUUGUCUCCUAUAUACGCUCAGUGUAUCUGAUGAAGGAUAAAGAAAUAUUUGAUGUGAGCAAGUUACCUAUACCUGAAUAUGCCCUAUCCCUUGGUCUUGCUGUGGCACCUCGGGUAAGAUUUCUUCAGAAAAUGCAGAAACAACCCCCCAAAGAAUUGGUGGUGAGCCAAGAUCACAAACAAAUUGAGCCAAGGGCUCCCUCCCUCACCAAUGAUGAAGUAGAAGAAUUUAGAGCCUACUUCAAUGAGAAAAUGUCCAUCCUUCAGAAAGGUGGGAAAAGACCAGAAGAGACAGAAUAUACACCGGGUAAGGGGAUUAGUGAUGAAGAGGAAGAAGAGAAGGAAGAUGAGGAAGAAAUGGAAGAGAAACUGGCAAAAGCAAAAGAGUCUCCACUUCAGUCUGUCCCUAGCACUGGGGAGUCCAAGGAAGCCCCUGGGCAGUUCUUAGACAGAGAUGAGGACGAGGACGAUGGACACGAUGCUGAUUUCUUCACAGUGAAGCGGCACAAUGUGUUUGGGUUGGACCUUAAAGAGAAUAAAACACCACAGAAGAAAGAACCUUCUAAAUCCAGUGUCAAGAAGAAAGUGACCAAGGUCGCAGAAGCAAAAAAAGUAAUGAAGAGAAAUUUUAAAGUGAAUAAGAAGAUAACAUUUACUGAGGAAGGGGAGUCGGUUCAGCAGUGGCCUCAGAUGCAGAAGUCUGUCUCCAAGGAUGCCGAAGAGGAGGAGGACAGCACUGGGGGCAUCAACUUAGAUAAAGCAAAGGAAAGGCUUCAAGAAGAGGACAAAUUUGACAAAGAAGAGUAUAGGAAGAAGAUCAGGGCCAAGCAUCGGGAGAAAAGACUGAAGGAAAGGGAAGCCAGAAGAGAAGCCAGUAAGAGACAAGCAAAGGCCAGAGAUGAAGAGGAAGCUUUUCUGGAUUGGAGUGAUGAUGAUGAUGAUGAUGAUGAUGGAUUUGAUCCAAGCACACUUCCAGAUCCAGAUAAGUACAGAAGCUCUGAAGAAUCGGACAGUGAUGAUACGGAGAAUAAAAUUAGUGAUACCAAGACGAAGCAGGGAAUGAGGAAAAGGAACAACAGCGAAGUGGAAGACGUGGGACCCACGAGUCGUAACAGAAAGAAGGCCAAGUGGGAGACCUUAGAGCCUUUGGACACAGGCCUGUCUUUAGCAGAGGAUGAAGAGCUGGUGUUACAUCUGCUCAAAAGUCAAAGCUAGAUGCUCCGUGCUCUUCUCCUUGAGACCUCUGGUCAUGAUUAUGUGGACAAGAAGCUGAAAAAAACAGUUGGCUUUGGGGCACUUAGGUAACAUGAGUCCCAUGCCCAAAGGAUCUGUCCUCGGACCAAAGCAGUUCUGUUUCUAAGCCCCUUUCACGGGACAUGUUUGUGCCAUCCCAGAGCAAACUCAGAGUGAGGGUGGAUUACAAAGUUUCUUGAUCCCAUUUUCAGGCAUGUGCUCUGUUAGAUCUUAUCCGUGGAUUCCUACAUCUUGUCACUCGAAAUGCUUCCUUUGUUUUACCGACAACUUCUGGAGACCUUGUUUCAUUGUUAGAAAUUCCUAUCUUGCUUACCAUACAGAAAUUUCUGUGUAUUAUUAAGCAAAAUUGCUCACAUUUUUGAUGUAUUUAAUAUCUCUAAAGAGACAGAGUAAGAUGGACCAGUCCCGAGAAAGGAGUAUUUUUGAAUUGCAACGAUCAAUAAUAAACAUAUUUCCUAUAAAAUA